AUGGACCUCGAAAAAGAAGAAGAAGUUUACAAGUUUCUUAAGGAAGAAAUCAUUCGGUUAAAGGAAGAAAAUGAAGGUCUGCAACAGGACAGGGAAUUGGCGGGGGAACUUGGAAAAAGUCUCCUUGAGAACAAUCACGAAUUGGAAAGAAAACUUGAAGAAGUAAACAAUGAUUACAUUUCAACGUUGGGAAAAAUAGAGGUAAGCGUAUUACUACGUUCGUACUUAAAAAUUCCACUAUUUUUGACCAUUAACGUUUAAGUUGAAAGGUAAAACGUUUAUCCUGCCUUUAUUUCUUUCCACAGGAGCUGAAGCAAGACAAUCAUACUUUGCGAUCAAAGUUGGAAACCGAGAUUCGGGCCAAUUCAAAUCAUGUUCACGAACUGGAUGACUUAAAGGAAAAAUUACGCAAGGAAUUUGACGAAAAGCAAAAAUCUCAGCAGCUACUCACAGAAAAAAAGAUCAAUGAUCUCCGAAAGGAAAUAGAAUCUUUGCAGAACGAUGUCAGCAAGCACACGCUGGUGGAAAAUCAACUACAGGAAAAGAUCAAGAAACAAGAAGAAAUGUUACGAAAGGCUUAUCAAAGCAAUGAAGAACUGCAACAUAAAGGAAGGUCCAGGUUGGAAAGCAUUGAAGAGUAUGUAAAUCUUACUGCUGAACUACAGGGAGAACGAGAAGUUUUAAUGAUGAAAUUAGCGGAUUAUGAAGAUAACCAGCAGAGGAUGUUAUUCGAUCGAAACGUGUUAAAAGAGAAAGUUGGGUAUCUGGAAGAAGAACUGCAAGAGAAGACUCGCCAAGCACAUACUUGGUUAAACAGUUUACAGGCAAGUAUGAAAUAUGUGAAAUAUUCAAAACUCACGGAAAAUUUAAGAGCAAUAUCAAAAUCCUGAAAGUUCAGUUCUUUGUGAUAUUAAUAAACCAAGAGUCCAUUCCAGAGGGCUUAGAAUUCAAGUCAUGAGGUAGAACUAGGGAGUAGUCUGUUUUUGCUAAAAAAUAAAAAAAAUGAAUAACACUAUUCACUUGAUAAAGCUUUACUAUCACGGCUGUGCUCCCAGGGCUGUGCAUUAGCAGUGUCCGUUGGCCUUUUACUUUUGCUCCCGGGAGAGUAGAAAAUCUCUUAGUUUUUCAUAAAAACCAUAUCCUGGGCACCCUGGAUUUCACUAGCCUCCCACGCAGACGUUCUUAGGGGUUCGUCACGCGUUGGGAUAGUGGAGUAGUGAGGCUAGGAUUUCACAGGUUCAGAGUAGCCUCUGGAGUAGCCUGGAGUGAGUACAUUCUGAAGGGAGGGGGCGUCUGUUCACAGGCUGUCCAGGCUGGUUCAGAGAAAUGGACUCCCUCAGUCUGUUAUUCUUCUUAAUAGGGCAAAGCCUUGACCAUUAAGCCAAAAAUCUACAUUGAUAAUAAUCUUUUUUGAUAUUCAUUUUCAACCCAAAAUUGCGGUGAUUACCUUGUAGUCUGUUCCAGGUGUUCAGAUCGUGACAGUUCAAAUAGACGUGAGCAGAAAAAAACGCGCUCACUCCACUAUCCCAACGCUUGGAACAGGCUAAUUACCUUCUUCCAUACAAUGUACAUGUGUAGCAUUGUAGCCUGUUCUCCGGGAUGAAAGAUUAUUUACUAAAAAUUUAUGUUGGCUUGAAAGAAAUCAUGGUAAAUUUUCGAGUUUGACUGUUCCUGGGAUAAGAAUAGUGGGGACAGUGCAAUGAGAAGUAUCCACUCAUCAUUUCUCACCACUCUUCACUAUAAUCUGAAUGCCUGAAACAAUUUUAUGCAGUGAGCUGGUUAAGAGGCACCAACCUGUGAAUACAGCUGUCUCUUAUUGCUCUCUAUUAUCCCAACAACAAAGAGCAAUGAGAAGUGGAGGUAUAGUCACAGGCUACACCCAACUGAAGUUUUUUUGGCAGAAAGGUAACCAAUCCCAAGAAAGCUUGACAAGAAAGCAUACCUCCGACAUAAUACCUACUUACAAGGGGUGGGGUGGGCUGAACCCUAAAACCACCUUGCAUGGGUCUUGUCAGCAAAUGACGUCAAAACGUUUGGCAGCACUUCUAGCCUUAAUCGUCCUCUCAGACUAUAUAAAAAACUAUUAUAUGGUAUGUCCGUAUUUUUAGUGUCGACAGUGGGUUACGGCUUUGCCCCUUCCUAAGCCCUUUGUCUCUCCCCCCCCCCCCUUAACAACCUGCGCAUGUAUCUUUAACCUAAAACCAAAACCAAGCCCUUCUUAUGUCUUAAAUUUCUUUUCAUGUAUAAGUGAUGUGUCUUUUGACAACCAUCUUACAACAGGACGCCCGCCUUGAAGCAGGUGAACUUAAAGCUGAAUUAGAAAACCUAAAAGCUGACAACGCUAGGAGAAACUUCGGGAAACAAGGAAACUCGUUGUUUGGAGAGGUACAGACUGAGUAUAUUUCAUUUCUUGCUCGCAAGUCCGAAUAAUCAUUAUUUUUGUACUCUGUAUAAACAUAACACUUUUAAACUUCUGUAGGUGGAGGACAGACGGCUUGAACUUGAGAAGAAGUAUUGCAGUUUACAAGCCAGACACGAAGGGAUGGUCAAGAUACACAAUAUGACAAAACAACAUUUGCAGAGGCUGAAGGUAAUGUCCUAAAUUGAUCAGCACCGCACUGAAUAUAUUAGCCUGCAAAACAGGCGAUAUUUGGCAAGCGAAGCGGAUUUGGACUCCCAUACGAACCCUCUGUUCGGAAACUAUCGAAAAAUUACAUAUAUUUAUUCGACGUGCAGCAUUUUGUUUAUUUUUUGUUGUUGUCAUUGUCGGCACAAUUACAUUUUAUGAGGGCAAUAAAGCGAUCAAUAAUUUAAUACGUUCCUAUACUUUCUUUUUGUUUGAAGAAUCAAGUGGCCACUCUUCUUCAAGUUAAAGGCUGUCAUGCAGAUGCUUCUCAGAUUCAAAGGUUGACGCAGGCGUUGGUUCAGAAGGAGGGUGAAGUAAAAAUACUGAACGCUAAAAUAUCAAGUUUGGAAAAACAAAAGGUAGUGUACGCCACAUUCAACGUUUGCUUUCAGUUUUUCAGCUGUAUUAAAGCCCGUCCUCUGUGCCCAGGCAUACAGUAAUAGUUUUAAACCAUUCGGGGGAAAGGAAAAAAAAUCUGUAGCACGGAUUUCCUCGUUGUUGGCGUACAUGUACAUUGCCUUGACGGAACUGAUUUAAAUACUGGGUCUAUCGGUCUAGGGUAGUUUAAAUGUCAUGGAGCUCCAUCUGAGUGUUAACCAAUGGACAGCUUGGAAAAUGUGGGACUCCACUGAGGUCGCCUCGAAACCGGCUCCCUCCCAGACAACGGUUGCGUAAUAACGGCACGAAAAAAUUCCAACAUCAUCCAUACAACGUAGUGGCUUUGUAUAGCAAUCUAGCGAAUUCUCGACCUUUGGGUGAGAUGACCAUUGCCGUAAUCUGCUCUUGAGAAUUGCAUCUUUUUACCAGCAAAUCUGUUUCUUAUUUCAGGCGGGAAGCAGCAUGAGCGACCGUUUGAUGGAAUUUCACGAUGCUUUUUCCGAGUUUGGUGAUAAGAAAGACUACGUAAACUUCCUUCAGUUGCAAUUGGAAGAUUCGAAGUAAGUCUUAAUGAACAACAAAAAAAUUUAUACCGGAGCCUAGUGUUUAGAGGAUAAAAAAAACUGUUAAGCCCUCCGAGCUCAAAGACCUUGACUCACACUUAGACAAGGAGAUCAGUUGUUUUCACUAUUGACGGAAGUGGUGGCUAUUCCACAGGUUUCUCUUGAGUGUAACUAGCUCUUGGGUAGGGUUUAUACGUCUUUGUUUCCUGCAUUCUCGGAGACCCAGGCCUGGCAGUUGGUGGUUUCGGGAGAAACGUUUCCGCCUCUUUCUACCGCUCUGUGUUUGCGAGGAUGGUCUCCCUGCGGUAAGAGAGAGAGAGAGAGAGAGAGAAAAGAAAGCUACUCAGUUGUUCACGCUGAGCGCUACCACUACACUACUCCCUACUCAAACGUUUUUUUUUUGUGUCUGGCCGGAAAAAGUUAUAUUUUGUUUUGUAGGAAGACUAUGGCAGGAUUAAACAAGGAACUGCAGAACAAAACUUUACUGCAUUUGGCGGAGACAGACAGGCUUCGUCACACAGAGCAUCAACUUCACGCUUCUGAAUCCAAAGUGGAAAGACUAAACAGCGAAAAUAUCAAGCUAAGGCUUAAAAUCGACGAUUUAAGAAUAAAACUACAAAAUCGUAAGUUGUCGAUAUUUUAGCACUGCUUACCUAAAAUUAAUUGUCGCAAAAAAAAGUUCUCACUGACUUUACCGUUGUCAGAUUCGAAAGCGGCCAUUCUUGCUCAUCCGGAGGGUAGCCCGUCAUCCCGUGGGGGUUCCCCCCUCCCGUAAGCGACCAGUCACCACUUAUACCGAUUUUCGUUGUAGUCGUUUACAAAAGAGUUAACUAAAAUCUCAUUCUACGUUAGAUUCUCAGGGCAUAGCUCAGAAUUCGUCUGAACCACAAAACAUCAAUAGAUCUGUGGGGAAGGCAAGAUCGGCCGCCGGGUUCACUGACGCCAGCACAAGUCUUGAGCAAACAGCACCGAAGAAACAACGGCAGGACAACUUGGAACCGAAAGCUCGGCCGAUAAAACAGGAACCGCUGGGUGUCAAACCCAAAUUAGACGAGUCUACAAGUGUGAAGUUUCCCAAUGUCCCAUCAACUCUUCAAAACAUGCAUGUACUAGAUUUAGAAAAACCGGCUAUAAGAGAGCAAAACAGCAAACUUUUAACUCCAGUUCAAGCUGGAUCAAUUGCUUGGAAUUUAAACUCAUCGAAAAUUUUGGCAUUAUCAAAUAACAGCGAUGAAAAAGGCGUCAGGAUUGAAGAAAAGUGUGAAAAUAAGACAAGGGUUCACUUCCCUGAAGCCGCCGACAGCCUCUGUUCUACAAAGAUGGAUACAAGCGAUUUAACACAGACUCAAAGUGUGGUGGAAAAUGUAGACAUGGAACUGAAGAAAGAAAAUUGUCAUCCUAAGGUAAUUAUAGACUAUCAAAAAGAUCCUUCUAUCGCUUAGUCCCAGCGCGGCCUUAUAAGGUCGCUCCGCUUGCUUAGAAUCUCGUGAGGUCGACUUGUAGCAAGUCUAAGGUAACUAUUCACGUUUCCAUCAAAUGGAGUCAGUAAUGCCCAAUGUCCGCCUCUAUUAAUAAAGGACAUCCCUCGGUGGCAUACAUGGAGCGACCAGUGGCCGCUGUAUUGGCGGGCUGAGUCAAUUCCAGCCCCUUUGUACUUGUAUUUUCUAGGCGAAUGUUGUGUUUAAUUUUUCAGGGAAUGUUCUUUACAUUGUUCGAUACUGGUUAGCUAGUAUACGGUGUAUACUUGAACAGCCGAGCUAAUAUGGACGAAGUAAAUGGCCUCUUUCACCAUCGUCUCGCUCGGAGGGGAGCGGGGGUGGGGAGCUUGACUCUAUCAUUUUACCUGAGUUUUUGUCUCUGAUUUUCAGGACUGUACUUCAGGAAAUGGCAGCAUUUCUACAGUCACCGUCAAAGGACAAAGAAACGCGCCAGUGGUUAUAAAUGUGAAAAAAGGCGAGGCUAAAAACCAGUGCCCACAGCAGUGAGAAUUUACUGGAUAAACAAAUAUAGGGUGCAUCCAUUUAAAGAAAGGAAAUUACCUUUAAUUAGUAGCAAAGGAACUAGUUAUAGUAACACCGGAGAAAUUCCCAUUUCAGUGUUUGUUUAAAAGCCAGAGGAAAAAAGAACUUGUAUUAAGGGGACCAAAUUUCNGGAAAAUGUAGACAUGGAACUGAAGAAAGAAAAUUGUCAUCCUAAGGUAAUUAUAGACUAUCAAAAAGAUCCUUCUAUCGCUUAGUCCCAGCGCGGCCUUAUAAGGUCGCUCCGCUUGCUUAGAAUCUCGUGAGGUCGACUUGUAGCAAGUCUAAGGUAACUAUUCACGUUUCCAUCAAAUGGAGUCAGUAAUGCCCAAUGUCCGCCUCUAUUAAUAAAGGACAUCCCUCGGUGGCAUACAUGGAGCGACCAGUGGCCGCUGUAUUGGCGGGCUGAGUCAAUUCCAGCCCCUUUGUACUUGUAUUUUCUAGGCGAAUGUUGUGUUUAAUUUUUCAGGGAAUGUUCUUUACAUUGUUCGAUACUGGUUAGCUAGUAUACGGUGUAUACUUGAACAGCCGAGCUAAUAUGGACGAAGUAAAUGGCCUCUUUCACCAUCGUCUCGCUCGGAGGGGAGCGGGGGUGGGGAGCUUGACUCUAUCAUUUUACCUGAGUUUUUGUCUCUGAUUUUCAGGACUGUACUUCAGGAAAUGGCAGCAUUUCUACAGUCACCGUCAAAGGACAAAGAAACGCGCCAGUGGUUAUAAAUGUGAAAAAAGGCGAGGCUAAAAACCAGUGCCCACAGCAGUGAGAAUUUACUGGAUAAACAAAUAUAGGGUG